AUGGUGUCUCCAGCUAUCGCUCUGGCCUUUGUCCCCCUCCUGCUGACACUGAUCAUCAGGUACCGUUACUACUUUGCACUGUUCUAUCGGGCGGUCCUGGUCAGGAUAUGGAAGGACUGUGUGACUGGCCUGAGUCGAGAGGAGCGUGCCUACCAGUAUGUUCUCACUCAUGCCACCCCUGGAGACCCUGACAGCAUCCUGGAUGCCUUUGAUGUCUGGUGCAGCAAGAUGGAGUUCAUCAGCAACAUUGGGCCUAAAAAGGGGAAGAUCCUGGACCGCCUGCUGAUGGAGCAGAGCCCUUUGACAGUGCUGGAGCUGGGUGCUCACUGCGGGUACAGUACCGUGCGGAUCGCCCGGUCUUUGCCCCUGGGUGCCAGGCUCUACAGCAUCGAGAUGGACCAGAGGAAUGCUGCCAUCGCUGAGAAAAUCAUCCGCCUGGCAGGGUUUGAUGAUGACACGGUGGAGCUCAUCGUGAAUCCAUCUGAUGAGGUGAUCCCUCGCCUGCGGUCUGACUAUGGUUUGGAAAGGCUGGAUUUUGUCUUCAUGGACCACUGGAAGAAAUCUUACUGCCCUGAUCUGCAGAUGCUGGAGGGCUCUGGUCUGCUGGGAAAAGGGUCCAUGAUCUUGGCCGACAACGUGCUGUUUCCCGGGGCUCCAAAGUUCCUCAGACACAUUCGCAAGAGUGGCCUGUAUGAGUGGAAGGUCCACCGGGCCACGCUGGAGUACAGCAAGGGCAUCAGGGAUGGGAUGGCUGAGCUGGUGUACCAGGGAAUCAAGUAG